AUGGCAGAAGUUGUUACUUUCGGUGUCCAGGAAAUAGUGAAGAAAGUGGCUUCACUUGCCUCUGAAGAAAUCAGUCUUGUAUGGGGAUUUCAAGGAGAGUUGACAAAGCUGCGUGAAUCAUUGUUGCUGACUGAAGCCAUGUUAAGAGAUGCCGGGCAAUCAAAAGAAGUUCGGCCGGAAGCCGUGCAAAUUUGGGUGAACAAACUUGAAGACAUAGCUCAUGAGGCCGAUGAUGUGCUGGAUGAAUGCGGAUAUGAACUUCUCCGCCGUCAGGUGGAAGUGGGAAACCAAAUGAAGAAAAAAGUGCUCAACUUCCUUUCACUCCACUACAAUCCCAUUUUAUUUCGUCUCAAAAUGGCACAUAAGAUUGAGAACAUCAACUCUGCUUUGGAGAAUUUGAAUAAGAAGGCAGCUAGCAUUGGGCUUGUCAAUAAGAAAUUCUCAGAUGCAACCUCCUCUCGUGAGAUUGCAGUUGACAGGGAAACUGUCUCCAUCUUUAAACGAGAUGAAAAGAACAUUGUUGGAAGGGAGAAGAUUGUGUCAGAGAUAGUUACAACCUUGAUCAACUCAAGCAAUACUCAAGAGAAUGAAAAUCUACCCGUGAUGGCCAUUGUGGGAAUGGCCGGCUUGGGAAAAACAACUUUGGCCAAAUGUGUAUAUCAUGAAGAUGAGAUAGGGAGACGCUUCACUGAAAAAAUAUGGAUAUGUGUAUCUAUUCCUUUUGAGGUCAAGUCAAUUUUAAGCAAGAUCUUGGAACAUCUUAAACCGGAAAAGGCUAGGAUGCAAGACAAGGAUGCAAUAAUCAAAAAUCUUCAAGAAGACCUGAAAGGAAAAGAUAUUUGCUCGUACUGGAUGAUGUGUGGAACGAAGAUUCUGAAAAAUGGAAUGACUUGA